AGAGAGACGGGAGGUCUGCAAUGGGGUUUCUUUAUAGACAUUUACAAACAGAUGAUAAAAUAAUCUCUAAUUCAGUGCUAUAACCAAUUGGAAUUAAUACAUUUAAUCCAUAUAUAAUAUUAUAAAAGACUUUUGGAUGCUAUCCCAUCUCUCAUCAUUAUGCUGACAAAAAGGGGAAUUUCUCUUGCAAUCUGUGAUGCUUCCUGUUUUGUGAAAACAUACUCAACCUAAACAGCAGCUCUAAUUCACUUUGAGAGAAAGCUGAAAUAAACUCUCUUCUGUUUGCUGUUUGUUUAAAACGAGUGAUUCCCCAAAGGUUGGAGAUUCAGCUGCUCCAUGUCAAUCACUCGUUGUGACAACAAACCUCUGCCCCUCUCACACCAGACAUGCAUCAAAGUAGGUUCAGCAACUUUUCUCUGUUUAUGGAUAUGAUGAGAAACACAUGGGCAAGUGACACAAGUUUUUCCAUUAUGUACACAAUUUUUUUCUCUUUUUGGAAAUUUUAUGACAGUCUUUAGAAAAGGCUUUUAUACUGUAAUACUGAGGAAAUAUUUUCAACUCUAAUAUUUCUAUAAUCAUUUGUUCAAACUUUGAACAAAGUUUGAACAAAUGAUGUCUUUUCAUCAGGAAAUUUAUGAACUGAAGCUAUUGAGACGUUCCCUGACUGAAACAUGAAAAAUGGGAAACAAAUCAUCACAAGAGGACCAGCAGUGCUUGUUAAAUGGCAAUGAAGGCGAUGAUGAAAUUCUGCCUGUUUUUGAGGAACUUAAGCUUGUGUUAAUUGGAAGUCAAGGUGUUGGAAAAAACUCCAUUGGUAAUGCCAUCCUUAGGAAAAAAGUCUUCACAUUCUGGAGGGGUCGUAAACAUGCCGACAUUAAAGAGACUCGUACAGUAUCACAAAGACGGAUCCAUUUAACUCGCACCCCAGGCUGGAAAGAAGACUGGAAUAAUCCAGAGAAAACCAAAAAUGACAUUUUUCACUGUGUGAAGUCCUUAUUUAUCACCAAACCUCACGCAGUGCUCUUGACUCUUAAAGUGAACUCGAAAUUGUCAGAGUUGACCAUCAGCACACUAGAGAAUCUUCUUACUGCUCAGCUGUGGGAUCAUACUAUAGUGCUCUUCACACAUAGAAAAAAACUGGACUGUACCAUUGAGGAUUAUAUCAUACACCAGCAUCUUCAACCUUUAAUUGACAAAUGUGGACAAAGAUAUUUUGUGAUCCAAAAAAACUACAGCCAGAUUACUGACACAAUUGAAGAGCUCAUUGCUAAGAAGAAUGUACCCGGUUGUUUUAAACCUCAUGAUCAGAUAAAGGAUGAUAAUAUAAUAUUGUCAGACUUAAAAGUCCUUGUCACGAGAAUUAAAUCUAAAAUCAGUUCUAUAUUAACAUACAAGGACAAUUUUAAAAAUUCACGAAAUAAACGCUCAAAUAAAGCGCUACUUGAUUCAAAGGAUAAAGAGAUCGAGAGACUGAAUACCAUUGUUGAAGAAAAAGAGAGGGAGAUAAGGAGGCUACAAUCAAGAACUCAAGAUAGACCUGAACUAUCUGCCCUACGCAGAAGAAUUGCUGAACUGGAAGGUGAACUAAAGGAAAUGAAACACGAGAAUGUAACACUGAAGAAGGAGAAUGAAGAAUUGAAAAAAGAGUUACAAAUACAUCAACAUGCAGGCUAUCGUAAUAAACUCUGUCAAGAUGUCAAACGGAAAUCCAUGACAAGGAACACACAAACGCAGUUACAUAUGCAGUUGCAUGAUCUUUCUUCAAAAGGCUCAGCUCUAAACAACUGGAGUGAGACUCUUCUUAAGAUCUUGGAAAUGCUGAAGGAUUAUGAAGUGAAGAAAUUGAAAUUCUUCUUAAAUAACGAUGAAGAAUUCACAAUAUCCAUUGACUCAAUAGUGGACAGCGUUGAUCUAGCAAAUGCAAUUAAAAAUCAGUGGGAUAAACAACGGGCAGUACUGAAAUUACAACACUUCAUCAAGAAAAUCCCUCGAAAUGAUGAUAAAAUGAUACAGCUGUUUACACCUUUCUUGAAGGAAAUUGGUAAAACAUGGUGAUCAUCAGCUAUUCUGCAGUCAUCAUUUCUUUCUUAAAGAGGACUGCUUCAUUUUAAUGAGAUAUUUCUUCUCCAUAUCAGGGAAGUCUCACACGUCUUUAUUGAAAUUAGGCACUGGAAUAUUUUUAUCUUCAAGAACCCAGAGAACCAUGAAACAUGUCUAAUGAUUAGUUCCUACCCAGGGAACAGGGAACGUUCUUAGAACAUUCUGACAAGGUUCUCUCAAAGUUAUGAACAUUCUUCUAAUAACGUUAAUAGAAUGUUUGUUCAAAGUUGUCUUGUCUUUAAUUAUGUUCUCAAAAUGCUAGAACACAAAUAACAUUUUAUUUAAACAUUGUUCAUGGAAUGUUUUUUCUUAAAGAAUUUAGUUGGAUGUUCAUCUGCCAUUUUUUAAGAUGUUAUUUCAGCAUGUUCAGUGAACAUUCAAAAAUAAUAUUACAAUGUUUGCAAAAAAUUCUGUUAACAUUUGUUUUUGAAAACAAAAACAAAUUUGAAAACAUUCUUUUUCACAAACAACCACGUGACUGCUUCGUAUUCUGAUUCAAAUAACAUGAACCCUUGCGCAGGUAUCAAGUGUCAUUCGCUUUUUUUUUUUAUAAGAAUAAAUCAAUACGAAUAAAUAUUUACAUGUGUAGUUUUGUGCAUGUUCAGUUAUUUAUUCCCAGUUC